AUGCUUGUCGCGUUCCCUCACCUGCCGGAGAUUGUUGUUGAAGUGAUAUUUUCUUUUCUACCGCUCCCGGAGCUGCGAAAUUGCUCUCUCGUGUGCAAAAAGUGGUAUCAGAUCCUCAAUGAUGAGAACAAUGACGUUUGGAGGUUGCACUGCGUCCAAAAGCUGGCCGAGGAAGCACUCAAAUCCGAUCUUUUGUCGUCGUGCCCUACGUAUAAAGCCAAACUCCGGGCAUUCUAUCACGCAUGGAAUCCCAAUGACUGCUCCAGGAAUAUUUACAUCAAGCCGAAUGGCUUCACACUUCAUCGGCAUCCUGUAGCACAAAGCACAGACGCAGCCAGAGGAAAACUAGGCUUCCGGUCAGGUCGUCAUGCAUGGGAAGUGAUAUGGGAGGGUCCAUUGGGCACGGUGGCUGUGAUAGGGAUUGCCACUAAGGACAUGGCAUUGCAUUGCCAUGGAUAUUUACCCUUACUUGGCUCAGAUGACCAGAGCUGGGGCUGGAACCUAGUUGAUAACCACCUCCUUCAUAAUGGGGACUCUCAGGGAAACUACCCACAUCUCAACAAUGCUCCUCGAUAUCAGGUUGGGGAGAGGAUCCGUGUGAUACUAGAUUGUGAAGACAAUACCCUUGCAUUUGAGAAGAACUAUGAGUUCCUGGGUGUUGCAUUUCGAGGCCUUCCAGACCGACAGCUCUUCCCUUGCAUCUCAGCAGUGUAUGGGAAGACUGAAGUGUCCAUGGUGUACCUGGGACCUCCAUUAGAUGGAUGAAUUGUUUUUAUUGAUAUAGUUCUAGAACUCCUCGGGGACUCCCUUGCUCUGAUCUCAUAUGCCAAAGAAUCUCCUACCAUCCUUCAUACAG